GUUGUGGUUUGUUUGGCUUUAGUCAAUCAAAGUUUGGAUUUUGAUCCCUGGAUCAUCUAUAUUAUAGUUAAAGAUGGUCCUUUUCAGCUUAAAGUUUUGAACUUAGUUGGUUUUUUGUUAACUUUGUUAAAUUUGGACUCUGCUUGUAUGUGCAGUUUUAGUCAAUCAAAGUUAGGAUCUUUAAUCUUUGAAUUAUCUAGGGAUGAUUGCAAUUGAAUCUCUAGGAUAGCUAGUUGGGAAUUUUGAUAUGUUGAUCUUGAUAUGUUCUCAUCUGAUCUAGCCUUGGUAGACAUAGUUACCUUGUAUCUGCCGGGUGGUGUUGUGGAGGUGGUAGGUAUCAUGUGGAAUUAGUCGAGGUGCGGCUCUCUUGUGAUCAAUUUACCAAGCUUCAGUUUCGGAGCGUGAGAAGUUCUCUUCCAGCUAUUUACAUGGUUGAUAUCGACGUCCAGAUCCCAUCUGCUUUCGAUCCAUUUGCUGAGGCUAAGGACUCCGGUGCACCUGGAGCCAAGGAGUAUGUUCAUAUUCGUAUACAACAAAGGAAUGGAAAGAAAAGCUUGACGACAGUUCAAGGACUGAGGAAAGAAUUCAGUUACGAAAAAAUCCUCAAAGAUCUGAAGAAAGAGUUCUGUUGCAACGGGAAUGUUGUGCAGGAUAAGGAACUUGGCAAAGUGAUACAACUUCAAGGUGAUCAAAGGAAGAAUGUUUCUCAUUUCCUUGUGACUGCUGGUGUUGUCAAGAAGGAUCAGAUCAAGAUUCAUGGUUUCUAAGUUGUUGGCUAUUUCGAGUUAUUGAAGCAUAGUAAUAUAUAACAGUUGUUUGGAUUUGUUGUUAAAAAGUGUUGGUUUUUGUUAAUGCCCAUGAUAUCUUGCCAUGGGUUUCUUUCCGAAUUGUGCUGGUUGUACUUUGUUUACAGAUAAUAAUAAA